ACUUCUCGGCGCACGAAAAUUAUUGGAAACAGGAGAGGACAGAGUGGAAGCCUCAACGAACUGACCCUCUACAGUCUGACGUCAUCGACAUCGACUCCUACAUCGAUUUCGACCCCACAGAGGCGCCCAAACAUCCCCGCCACGGCUGGGCAGCAACCCUGUUCGAUCGAGCCCUGUCCGUCAGAGUACGAACCUGUCUUCACUCCCAGCUACCCGACUACUCCCAUGAGGACAUUUUGUUACUAUCCUGGAAGCUCCUAUCCACCGCAGUUGCCUAGGAGACGGCCAGGUAGACCACGAGUGAAAAGUUUACCUGAAGACGAAGAAAGGUCGAGCAGAGACAAAAAAGUCAAAAACCAACACCUGUGGGAAUUCAUCUACGAAACGCUGCUCAAUCCGCUGUACAACCCACAAUACUUACGGUGGGAGAACCAGAGGGAAGGAGUUUUCCGGUUUGUCCAAAGCGAGGCUGUGGCCCAGUUGUGGGGUUCUCGCAAGAACAACGAGAACAUGACGUACGAGAAACUCAGCCGAGCAAUGAGGCACUACUACAAGCGGGGUAUCCUGGAGAGGGUGGAAGGCCGACGACUCGUGUAUAAGUUCUCGCGCAAAGCUAUGGACAGAGUGAGAGAGAAACGUCACAAUUCCGUCUGAUGUACGUCACUGUCACGCCACUUGGUCACCGCCGAUUCUUGACGUCACACCGUGCAGAUGCUGGACACCAGCGUGGACACUGUCGACAGAGAUCGCCGUUAACCUUUUCCCUUGACCUUUGUGCUAAUGACGGGCGUGUGUCAUGAUUUGUCUGACCUUUGACUCUUGCGAUUGACACGUUACCUGUACAGAACGGUUGUCGCGUCUGCAGACUAUUUCACUGAACCCCUUCCCCCCUACUGUACCGGUCAGUACAUAUGUUGGUGGCCUUCACCUUGGCCUUCACCUUGGCUCAAUUGCUCUGUCUUAUUCAGAUAUUUGUGCUUUCGUAUUUGUUGACCCUUUGCUCGGCCCCUCUCAACUUUGGCCUUUGUCUGUACCUCAUUCUUUAUCAUUGCAGGCUUUGAAACUGAUAUAGUUUUAUAAAUGACCUUUUCAAAUGGCCUUGAACUUUGCUUUAGAAAUGCACUCAUUCCGUUAGCGAUUCAUAUCAUUGUGAAUAAUUUGAAAAGAAAAUGGUUUUACAUUAGAAGUUUGGUAAUGAUGGUGAUCUAGGGUCUUACGUCUGGCCAUCACUGGCUGCCUGUCUUUAAUACUUUAGUCUCAAUGAAUUGAACCUUGUGGCCUUUGAAUGUUGACAUUUGACCCUCUUUAUCCACGACUCCCGCACGUGAGAGUUUGUAAUUGAGGUUCCCUCCCCUAUGAAUCUUACAGAACGCGUUACAUGGUAUGGUUAUUGACUUGCUAUGUUUAUUGCUUUGCCCGAGAGCAUUGUAAACACUUCCUUUCUGUCGAUACCUGACUGUGUAAACAUAUUCUUGAAAUCUGAUUUCAAGAGAAUAGCAUUCAAAUGCUGUUGCGCUGAUGUUAUGUACAGCAUCCUUGUCUGUCGACUUACUCUUUGAAGUCUAGGGAUAAAGUUUAUGCCUUGAAUUUUCUGAUUACGGCUAAUUUCCGGCAGCCAGGAAAUGUUAAUCAUUUGAUAAGCAAUGCUAAGUUUUUUUGGGGCAAUCUUAGAAAAUAUUUUAUCUGUUGUUUACUGACACCAGAAUGUGAGAUGAGUGAAGUACGGCACCUCCAACCCUCCCUGUCUUUUGCUCUCUCCACCCCGUCCUUCUGCCCCUUCCUUCUCUGAAAGGACACGAACAAACAAAAAAUAAUGUGUAAAAGACUGAGCAAGGGUGGAGUUCUUUUAUUUUUAGAGAUCCUGGAUGUUUUAGCUUUUGUGAUACUUUGUGAAAGCACGACAUUUUAACAUAAUAUUGAAAAUCGACAGUUAUCCUGCCGCACUCACUAUAAAAGUUGAUAUUGAUUCCAAACGACGACAGUAGAAUUUAUUCCUGAAUUUCGUAUACGUUUAGGAUAUAUUUUACUCCAUCGCCAUCUCCUUUCAUCCUACUUUCCCCCACCACCCCUUCCCUCUCUCCACCCCGUCUUUCUUCUCUUCCUCCUACUCUUUACCUCCUCUCUCGCUCUGUUGUUCUCUCGCUCUCUUGUAUCUAUCUCUCCCGCUCUCUCUCUCUCUGUCUUUCAUUGUUUUCAUGAUAUCUCUCCCUCCCUGUAUCCCCCCCCUAUUGUUUCCCUUGUUUUCUUGCUCAUAGAAUGACAAGAAUGAGUUUCUGUCGUCCCAACUGUUGAUGGUGCUACCAACUACAAUGUCCCAGUGCAGCGUGGUACCUGCACUUUAGUCAGUUUCUUAGGCAACGAAAAUUCCUGGGUGGAUCUGCAAGCGGUUGUGUCUCUGUGUACACGAGGUGACAAGAUUUUAUCCGCUAGGGUCCUCAAACUAGCUGCGAGCUCAUUUCCAAACUUUAUUUUCCUUCCACAACCUUGGGAAGCUGGACGUCACGCAGUCCGUCAUGUCACUAUAAAAUCUGAAAAAUGUAAUGUAACCAUUGCUGCUCUUUGGAGUGCUUUAACUGUUGUAUUUUAGUAACAGUUGUUUGCUCCUGAUUUUAUUGGUUUGAUGUACCAUAUGCUUCUUGAUACGUGGUCUGGCACGAUUGUCCUGCUGAGCUCAGUGCGACCGCCCCAGCGAAAGAAUUUCUGUCCCAAGAAAUUGCGCCAGAAAUAAGAAACUCGAUCAGCAUUGAGCAAGUUGCUAGACUGAAUGAAAUCUCUCUGUCAGUGCUGAAUGGGCUAAUAAUGUAUGGACUCACAAAUAUGUAUUUUUUGACUGUAAUGAACAAGAACUGGAAAGAGAGAGAGAGAAUAGAAAUGGAGGGUGAGGGAGGCUGAGAACGAGUGAGAGAGAAUGCUACAAAUAUUAACAAAUAUAACCACCCAACUACAUAUCAGAAAUUGUUUAUAUACCAACACAUAAAUCGAUUUAUGGAUUAUGGAGACGUUGAAUUUUUAGAUAAAUAUUGUAACAAUAUAAUUUAUUUUUUACCACGAGCGAGGUCUGCCUUAUGAAAUAUAGCCGUAGAGAUCGCAUCCCUGUUUGCGUUGUUUUAGCAUGUCAAUUAUCGUGGAUUGUAUAUAUAUAUAUACUUGUUUUAGUAUUCAGUUGCUGUAUAGAUUGCAGUGAACUGUAUAUACAUGUUAUCUGCGGUAAAGAUUGCGGCGUUGUAUGUAGUGUUUCAUUCAACGUCUCAAUUGCUAGAAAAAAAAAACAAAAAACCUGGCAGCAUUCUACAAAAGUCGUGUGGAGGACUGUGUAACAUGUUAGCACAUUUAGCAUGUCUGUUCUUAACAUGAUCUGCACCAUGAUCAGCUGCGAAUCCAAAAUUUAAAAAAAAAAAGAACAACGUCAGCGAUUGGCUGAAAAUUUCCACUGCAGAUAUUACGUUUCUCUGUGCAACUACGUCACCGCUUAUACUGGUAUAUCCUUCCGCCUGUUACGUCACUGGAAAGAUGGGGAGCAAGCAUGUUGUCAGUUGCUCCAACGAUUUCUUGUACUUUUGCCCUGUUUUAGCUGCUGGAGGCUGUACAGUCGGCGUGUUAUAAAUAUAUACAUAUUUUUCAAUUAAAGCUGUAUAAGCGAAAGUAAUGUAUAGUGUCCUGGUGAUUACAUUGCAAUGAGGAAAUCUUGUAUUUUACAACUUUUCGAGACAUAUCAGACUUUACUUAAGUUUUCUGCAGCUAAAAUUAACAAUAGUUUUGCCACUGAAGCUGUUUGUUUUGUGAUAAAGUCGUUGUGUAUUUGUUUCCUUCGGUGAUGUAGCCAACUCGUUACAUUGUGUCCACCAGCUCUUGCUAAACAUAACAUCCGUUUCUCGUGGAAAGAUUACAGACAGGGGGAAUAAAUGUAUAAAAUAAUGAAUGUAAGUUUGAGGUGAAAAAGAAGUAAACUACGGUGAUACCUUCACACUCAAACUGCUCCGGGCUCCAACAUUUCGGUCCUUGACCAAUAUUUUCGAGAGAAUCCUGUUUGGGUGCUCGCCCACUUGCUCACAAUUCAACCAUCGUGCAUGAGAUGCCACGCAUACCCGUCACGCUUCGGGGUGAAACAAAGUGGCAAGCAACACCUCACCAGUUGAUUUCGAGCAGUAAACACCUGUCCUGGUGCUAUUUCACGAUUUCGUGUGUUUUCCUUUAAACAUAUACAUAUAUACAUACACAUCCGUAUUCUCUACGGUCAUGACAGCAUCAAGACUCUUUCUAGUGCUAAAAAUGAAGGAAGGAGAAAAAGUUAUUU